AUGGUUAGUAAGGUGGCCAGAGCUCCUAGGGAAACUAUUCCAUCCCAACUAGAGGACCAUUUCUACCAUGUGGAUGCAAGCGAUCGUAUCGUUGGGGGCUCGGUGGCAACUGAGGGUAGCGUGCCUUAUAUGGUUGCCUUGAGAGUUGGAUUCCUCACCAAGUGGUUAAUUUGUGGUGGAUCUAUAAUCACCGACCGGCAUGUGUUAACAGCGGCGCACUGCAUUGACGCCGUUCAUAGUGAUCGUACCUUUAGGUUGGCAGGUGGAACACUAUCAAGUGUUCUGUUGGAGCUGAUCGUUUACACGGUGGACGGAAGUACUUGCUUGCGAGCUAUCGACGAACAUUGUGAUCUUUCAGGACAGAAUAUCAAAUACGAGCCGGAAAUUGAACUGUGUGCCUACAAUACUGAUGGAAGGGGCGGUGAUUCGGGCGGCGCUCUCGUGCUGGCCGGCGGGGAGCAGGUGGGGCUGCUGUCGUGGGGCUGCGCGUGCGGCGGCGCGCCCGCCGUGUUCGCGCGGCUCGGCGCUUACAGGGAGUGGGUGCGGGGGGUUUUAGUCAAUGAAUAA